CUUGGGUCCUGGGCCUGCAUCGCCGCCUCUCCCUCCUUCUCAGCCCUCAUCUCUCUCCGCACGCCAUGGAAACCAGCACCAGUAUCGCUCCACUGGCUCCAGAUGCGGCAUAUGCAGCCCUCGUGCGUCCUGACAUCUUCGUCAUCGUGUGCUGCAGCGAAAGCUUCCAGCUCGCCCUCGGUCAUGACGAGAUCAAGAAGCUACUCCGAGUGUGCAAACGAGCACGGCCUCUCCUGAGCUCCAAGGUGACCCGCUUCGACAGCUGGUGCCGGAAUGCAGGACUAUAUCAUCAAGCCGAACAGAUGCGGAUCGGCCUCACGCCCAGCGACAAGAUUGCCCUCUCGCUGCACUGCAAGAAUCCAGGCUCAGCCGACCGGUCCUGGCUAGUUGCCCAGUCCAACCAUGGAAACGCUUCUGCUUCGUAUCUCCUGGCCCGGAUUAUCCAAGCCGAUUUCGACAGUGGAGCCGUGGUCUACUCUGAGCGAGCACUCAGACAGCAGCAAGCCUUCCAGCUCCUCGAAGCAGCGGCCAGCGCAAGCCAUGCGAUGGCCCAGUUCCAUCUGGCAGAAAGCUAUCGCAACGGACUCGGGGUCGAUCAAGAUCAAACCAAGGCUGCGGAGUUGUAUCGCAGUCUUGCAGAGCAAAGAAUGCCUCGAGCUCAAGUCGCAUUCGGCCGCUGCUAUGAGUCAGGCGAAGGUGUCGACCAAAAUCAUGAAGCAGCCAUUGAGUGGUAUUCCAAGGCUGCGAGCCAGGGCAGCGAAGACGGCCGACUCCAUAUUGUAUUCCUCCAGGGCUGGUUCUCGUUGGUUGGCCAUGGUGUCGAACAGAGCGACGUCGAUGCCUUUAAUCGCUGGCAGGAGGUCAGCACCAAGUCCACCGACCUGGCCAUCAAGUCGAUCGCCACCUAUAUGGUCGGCUGGAUGCACUACCUCGGUCGGGGCACCCUGCAAGACCGACAGAGGGGAGACAAAAUCCUCCAAGCCAAUGUGUCAAGAGAGUUUCCCAUCGGGGAGCACGAUGGCUUGGACACACGGCGACACAUCUCAUCCAACUCACCCACAGCUUGCAGGUUCUAUGGACUGUGUCGCCUCGGAUCGAUACACGAUCGGCUGUGCAGACAUCUUACGGCCGUGUGUCUGAUCCAAGGGUUCGGAACCAUCAAGGACCAAGAGAAGGCAGCGGACGUUUUCGAACAGCUCGCCUGCGAGGGCUGUAGCGACAGCCAGUACUGGCUGGCGGCAUGCUGCUCGUAUGGGUGGGGAGUGGCCCUUGACAAAUCGAAUGCAUUCGAGUGGCUCAAAGUGUCUGCCGACCAAGGCAAUCCGUACGGACAGUACAUGGCUGGGGUGUACUAUCUCCGGGGAAUAGGUAUUGAAGAGGAUGGAGCCAAGGCAGUAGAGUGCUUCCGCAAGUCAGCCGAGCAAGGAAAUCGGCACGGGCAAUAUUACCUCGGCGACUGCUACAGGACAGCUUCUGGUGUCGACGGAGAUAUCGACACCGCUGUCCUCUGGUACCGCAGGUCUGCAGAACAAGGUCUCUACUCGGCUAUCGAUGAGCUCAAUUACCUCGGCAGGUGAAUCUGAAUCUCGCGUCGCUCCCAAUACUAUAUUCCAACAGCCAUGCCGAAAGCCGGGCAGAGUAAGCGAUGUUUUGGUGAUCUGCCAAUCGACAA